GCCGCCAUUUUGAGACAGAGAGCGCUGGCGGCGGCGGAGCGGCAGCAGCGCGCCGGGGCACAGGCAACGGGGGCGGCCCGCGGGCCGGGAGCAGCGAGCCGGGCGUCGGCCAGCGGCUGUGCCGGGGCGCUGGGGGGGGCGGGAGGGCAGAGGAGGGGCCCCGCGGCGCCUCCCCGACUUCGCAGCGCCGGGGACACCUCGCCGGGGGAGGGGGAAGCGCCGGGCGCCGCCGCCGGGCCCUGACUCCUGAUCUCCCGUCCCCCCCUCCCCUCCUCUCGGUCCCCUCCCCUCCGGCCCCCGGGGAAGCCGCCACCCCCGGCCGGUCCCUCCUCUCCACCCCCUUUUCCCCCGACCGGGUGCCGCCGCCGAGAUUGGGCGAAUAGCGAGCAAAUACGUGCGCGUCUCGCUGCCUCCGCCGGCUGCCCGCUCCCUGCCCGCCGGAGCCCAGCCGCAGCCCCCCGAGGCUGGUGCCCAGUCCCGGCCGCUGCCAAGGCCCCGCCGCUCCUCCGCCCCUUCCCCUGCCGACACAGGCCUGCAACCCCCAGCGGGAAAGGCCCAGGCCGCCGCCGAGCCCGUGCCCGAACCCCAGCCCGACAUGAACCACCAUCAGCAGCAGCAGCAGCACCAAAAGCCCGGGGAGCAGCAGCUGAGCGAGCCCGAGGACAUGGAGAUGGAAGCUGGAGAUACAGAUGAUCCUCCAAGAAUUACUCAAAAUCCUGUAAUUAAUGGGAAUGUAGCAAUGUCUGAUGGACAUAACAACACUGAAGAAGACAUGGAAGAUGGUGGCAGCUGUGAUCAGUUUUUCUCUUUGUAUGAUACAAGUUGGCGAUCAGAAGCAACAUUUCAGUUUACAGUUGAACGCUUCAACAGAUUGAGCGAGUCAGUUCUCAGUCCUCCUUGCUUUGUACGGAAUUUGCCAUGGAAGAUCAUGGUCAUGCCACGACUCUACCCAGACAGACCACACCAAAAAAGUGUAGGGUUCUUCCUUCAGUGCAAUGCUGAAUCUGAUUCCACGUCAUGGUCUUGUCAUGCACAAGCAGUUCUCAAGAUAAUAAACUACAAAGAUGAUGAAAAAUCAUUCAGUCGUCGUAUUAGUCACUUGUUCUUUCAUAAGGAAAAUGACUGGGGCUUUUCCAACUUCAUGGCCUGGAGUGAAGUUACUGAUCCUGAGAAAGGCUUUAUAGAAGAGGACAAAGUUACUUUUGAAGUCUAUGUUCAAGCAGAUGCUCCACAUGGAGUGGCGUGGGAUUCUAAGAAGCACACAGGAUAUGUUGGCUUAAAGAACCAGGGAGCAACUUGUUACAUGAACAGUUUGUUACAGACUCUAUUUUUCACAAAUCAGCUACGAAAGGCUGUGUACAUGAUGCCCACAGAAGGAGAUGAUUCAUCCAAAAGUGUUCCUUUAGCAUUGCAAAGAGUGUUUUAUGAGCUGCAACAUAGUGACAAACCAGUUGGAACGAAAAAGUUAACAAAAUCCUUUGGGUGGGAAACUUUAGACAGCUUCAUGCAACAUGAUGUCCAGGAAUUAUGUCGAGUGCUGCUUGAUAAUGUGGAAAAUAAAAUGAAAGGCACGUGUGUAGAAGGCACUAUUCCUAAAUUGUUCAGAGGGAAGAUGGUGUCUUACAUCCAAUGCAAACACGUAGACUAUCGAUCUGAACGAAUAGAAGAUUAUUAUGACAUCCAGCUAAGUAUAAAGGGAAAGAAAAAUAUUUUUGAGUCCUUCAUUGACUAUGUAGCAGUGGAACAGCUGGAUGGUGAUAACAAGUAUGAUGCAGGAGAACAUGGUUUGCAGGAGGCGGAGAAAGGUGUCAAGUUCCUAACAUUGCCACCAGUAUUACAUCUACAGCUCAUGAGGUUUAUGUAUGAUCCUCAGACUGACCAAAAUAUCAAGAUAAACGACAGGUUUGAGUUUCCUGAGCAGUUGCCACUAGAUGAAUUUUUGCAAAAGACAGAUCCUAAAGAUCCUGCGAAUUACAUUCUUCAUGCAGUUCUAGUACACAGUGGAGAUAACCACGGCGGACAUUAUGUUGUUUACUUAAAUCCAAAGGGGGAUGGCAAAUGGUGUAAAUUUGAUGAUGAUGUUGUAUCAAGAUGUACAAAGGAAGAAGCGAUUGAACACAACUAUGGAGGUCACGACGAUGACUUAUCCGUACGGCACUGUACGAACGCGUACAUGUUGGUUUACAUCAGGGAAUCAAAAUUAAGCGAAGUUUUGCAGCCUGUCACGGACCAUGAUAUUCCACAACAACUAGUAGAAAGGCUACAAGAAGAGAAAAGGAUAGAAGCUCAGAAGAGGAAGGAGAGGCAGGAAGCUCACCUCUACAUGCAAGUGCAGAUAGUGGCAGAGGAUCAGUUCUGUGGUCACCAAGGCAAUGAUAUGUAUGAUGAAGAAAAAGUGAAAUACACUGUUUUCAAAGUAUUAAAAAACUCCACACUUACAGAAUUUGUUCAGAAUCUCUCUCAAACGAUGGGAUUUCCCCAGGAUCAAAUCAGAUUAUGGCCAAUGCAAGCUAGAAGUAAUGGAACAAAAAGACCUGCAAUGUUAGAUAAUGAAGCAGAUGGCAAUAAAACGAUGAUUGAGCUCAGUGACAAUGAAAAUCCAUGGACAAUAUUUUUGGAAACAGUAGAUCCAGAGAUGGCUGCUACUGGAGCAACAUUACCCAAGUUUGAUAAAGAUCAUGAUGUAAUGUUGUUUCUGAAGAUGUAUGAUCCGAAGACUCGGAGUUUGAAUUAUUGUGGACAUAUCUACACACCUAUAUCCUGUAAAAUACGUGACUUGCUUCCAGUUAUGUGUGAGAGAGCAGGAUUUCCACAAGAAACUAACCUUAUCCUCUAUGAGGAAGUUAAACCCAAUUUAACAGAAAGGAUUCAAGACUAUGAUGUGUCACUUGAUAAAGCUCUUGAUGAACUCAUGGAUGGCGACAUCAUAGUGUUUCAGAAGGAUGACCCAGAAAAUGAUAACAGUGAGCUACCAACCGCUAAAGAAUACUUCCGAGACCUCUAUCAUCGUGUGGAUGUAAUUUUCUGUGAUAAAACCAUCCCCAAUGACCCAGGCUUUGUUGUUACUUUAUCCAAUAGAAUGAAUUACUUUCAGGUUGCAAAGACAGUUGCUCAAAGACUUAACACAGAUCCAAUGCUAUUACAGUUUUUCAAGUCCCAAGGUUAUAGGGAUGGCCCUGGUAAUCCUCUUAGACAUAAUUAUGAAGGUACUUUAAGAGAUCUUCUGCAGUUCUUCAAGCCUAGGCAACCGAAAAAACUUUACUAUCAACAGCUCAAAAUGAAAAUAACUGAUUUUGAAAACAGAAGAAGUUUUAAAUGCAUAUGGCUAAAUAACCAGUUUAGAGAAGAGGAAAUAACAGUAUAUCCAGAUAAGCAUGGGUGUGUGCGGGACCUCUUAGAAGAAUGUAAAAAAGUUGUAGAACUCUCUGAAAAAGGUUCAGGGAAAUUAAGGCUGCUAGAAAUUGUAAGUUACAAAAUAAUCGGUGUCCAUCAGGAAGAUGAGCUGUUAGAGUGUUUGUCACCUGCAACAAGUCGAACGUUUCGAAUAGAGGAAAUUCCUCUGGACCAGGUAGAUAUAGAUAAAGAAAGCGAGAUGCUAAUCACAGUGGCACAUUUCCACAAAGAGGUUUUUGGGACAUUUGGAAUUCCAUUCUUGCUGAGGAUACACCAGGGUGAACACUUCAGAGAGGUUAUGAAGCGAAUUCAGACAAUGCUGGACAUACAAGAAAAAGAAUUUGAAAAGUUUAAAUUUGCAAUUGUAAUGAUGGGCCGACACCAGUAUCUCAAUGAAGAUGAGUAUGAAGUGAACUUGAAAGAUUUUGAGCCCCAACCUGCUGCUCCCCAUCAGACUUGUACUCCAGACCCUUCACCAGCUCCAGUACCUGUCUCUGGAUACCUCAAUGUCUUUCUUGUACUGAGGAGCUCAAAACUAGACCUCUUGUUGUGCUUUGUUACACAGCCAGGUUUAUGACUUAUGGCUGUGAAUAUGAGGAGACUUGGCAAAACUUUGAAAGCCUUUUGCAUCCGCACAAGCCAUGCACGAGCAGAGAAGGGAGUCACUGGGGACAUCUCUUUUGCUGCACUUCUUGUGAGUGGUCUCUGGAUGACAAACUCAGAGGUGAACAUUUUUCUCUGGACAGAUAAAAGUCUGUGGCCUCAGAGCAGUCAGAGUACUGAUUUUAUUCUGCGACUUGUCUUUCUGGGAGCAGGAAGGGGAAGGCAACAGUCUGAAAUGAACUGUCGGGCUUCUUGAGUGAAGCAGAGCCAGUGUUUGCAAAACAAGGAGAAAGACUAACUAAGGUUCUAGGUCAAAAGUCCAGAAUGUGGCAGAAAUUGGAAAUGGGAGGAAUUGAACUGUUUGUAGGAGUUGUCAGGAAUGUGAGAUUAAAGAGUUUUCAUUCGAGAGUUCACAGGAAAUUGCCACUUUGAUAUAAGAUAAUACACUGACAGAAUUCACGCUCCCUCUGAAAUUCUCCUGUGGAGUGACAAUAUGAUGUUCUAAUGCCACCUUAUCCAAAUGGUGUUUCUAGGUGGGGCUUGUGUUUCUCCAGAUAUCAGUUGUAACACAGGCUGGACCAAUCACACAAAAGCUUUGGCAUUUUCUGAUUCAGUUGACGUAACUGAUGUCAAUAGUACCCCUCUGCUCUUACAAAGAUGCACUCUAGCAGUGGCUGUGCUGUUGCUAACGGUGUAUUAUGUGAUCUCGGCAAGAUUGACAGUUCUCUUUUAGAUUUUACAUUGACCGUUAUGUCAAAGUAAUAGACAAAUAAUUUUGACUGAAAUAAAUGUAUCCAAAAAUGCAGAUGCAGGCAACCAAAAAGGUCAAGUGCUUUACGCUUUAGUGGUUGCAGUUGAUGGCACUGAACCUAGGAGUGUGCUUUUCUUGCUGGGGGGCUGUUUAGUUUCUGCCCUUAUUGUUUCACUUCAAAGAACAUUUAUGUUCUGCAUCGAGGACAUAUUAAAAGAGAAUUUCUUCCAUUUGCAAGAAGUAUGUAGACUGUGUUUUUUUUAUGGAAACUAGCAGUAGAUAAAACCAUAUUGUGUUGAACAAGUGGAAAAAAACUGUAGAGAUUGUUUGUUACAAUGGAAAUAUGACAAUUGUUAUCCGAAAAAGAGGAGGUCAGUUACAUGAUUUCUUAAUUAACUGAUGAUUUGCAUUUUACCUUAAUUUAACAAAUGUUCUUAUUUAGCCCAGGUGAUAAGAGCAACUUUAUACAGCAGAGAUAACUUAUAAUAUGGUAAAUACUAUAGGUUGUCAUAUUUAGGUGACGGAUACCUUCCUGUUCCAGAUGGGCUGAGCACUUUGGGAAAAGCUGGUACUUUGUGCCUGAGGCCUUAAAUUAUAACAGUAAUUUUCUUGCUUUAGCACACACUUCAUUGCUGUAAACUCCUGUAGGUGACUGAAGAGGAGAAAAAACAGCUACAUGACCCACAGACAGCUGUAAAAUGUUUCACUGGAAGGAAAGCAGUCAGGGAAGCUGCCCUGUUGGCUGACUGCAGCCCUCUUCCAUACUCUGUGACUUGUAGCAAACAGUGAUUGAGGCACACAGGAGUAAUUUGUGUAGGGGAAACUUUCCAAUUU